ACAAAAGACAGUUUGAGACAGGUGAUUAUCUUACAACAUGUUGUAAUAGCUUUUAAUGUACUUACAGAGGAAAAUCACAUCAUAUGAUUCAUCACAGCUUGGUCUACUGGAAAAGCGGUAGACUUGGCAACACCGCAGGCAGGGACUUUUAUCCCCCAAUAGUAACUCCCAUAUUUUUGACAUUUUUCAUUAGUUGGCAACAUUGUAAUAAUACAGGCCCUAACCUUAGUUUUUAUUAUUUAUUUAAUUUUGCAAUAAAAUGGCUCAAACACUAAGUAUUCCGGAGCCAUUCAAUUUUGUAAAUGAUGAUGAUGACAAUAGCUAUGCAGAGGAGUGCGGUAUGUGCGGCGAAGAGCACACUGCAUUAGAAUGUAAAUUAAUACAAAUUACCGGUCAUAUACCAGAUAAGCUGGUGCCUUCGAAAGCAAGACUGACCUUACCUGAUUUUUUGGAAGUUAAAACACUGGCCGAUAACAGUUUCAGUGUGUGCACUAAAGAAAUAAUCCCCAAGGGGACACAAUUUGGGCCUUUUCAAGCCAAAAGGUUGUUAACCCUCAAACCUUCCAUUAGAUUUCCACUGAAAUUGUUCACCUCAGAUGAAGAUGAUGAAUUUAAAGAGUAUUUUUUAGACACCAGUGAGGAAACAGAGUGUAGCUGGAUGUACUUUGUUAGUCCAGCUGCUGAGUUGGAAGAGCAAAAUAUGAUUUGCUAUCAGGAUAAAAAUAAUAUUUAUUAUGUUUGUUUGAAUGACAUCAAUCCUGGGGAAGAUUUAAGGGUUUGGUAUGCACCUUUUUAUGCAGAGAAAAUAAAUCAAAAUGUUUUACAGCCAGUUGUGGCAUUAGAAGAAAACAAAAUGGAAAAUACUUUAGUUGAAGUUAUUGAUGGUUUGGUGAAAUCACAGCAAAAUAUAAUGAAAAGAGACAUUUGGAACUGCAAAUUUUGUGGAAAACUGGAAUCAAACGUUACCGUUUUUACAUUACAUUUACUGGAGCAUUAUAGGCUUCAAUUAAAGAAACAUUGUGAGCUAUGUAAAGCCACUUUUAACAGUUAUAAGAAUUUACAAAAGCACAUGAAACUAAUACAUUCCACAAAUCGAAUUAAAAAUGCUCCCAAAGAAACCAGCUCAAUUCCCUUAAUAAAAGGCAGCAUGCAAUGCAAGGACGUUUCACUAGGUGGACCUCUAUUAAACGUUAUCCUAAACGACAGCCUGGAUAAUUCGAAUUUUUUAAUACAAAAAAAUGAAGAACUGAACCAGUUUAACCUAGCAAACAUCGACAACCACAAUACCCUAAUGGACACCGAAAAUUUUAACGUCGACAAUUUGCUCAAUGAUAACGUCAAGGAGUUGGAUCACUUUAAUUUCGAGUUGAAAGACGCCGAAGAAGACAUAGUCUGCGAUAUUUGUUUGAAAGUGUUUGUGAGUCUGAGGUCUCUCAUCAGGCAUUUGGGAUUGCAUACUGGAAAAUAUUUUUGCAAAGAGUGCAACAAAAUAUUUUCCCACAAAGAAAACUUGGACACCCACAAAUGCAACGCCUUCUAUCGUCACCGCUGUACUUACUGCAGCAAAGUGUUCGUCCAAAAAAAGUACCUGAAUCGGCACAUUACAGUGCGGCACUUCAAGAAGUACGCUUGUAGCAAAUGUUCGCACUCGUAUCAGUCGAAAACGGAUUUGGUGAAUCACGAAUGCGAGGCGAAAAAUCGCGAAAGAAACGUUACUUGCGGAAAAUGCGGAAAACAGUUUUUCCACGAAAGGGCACUGAAAAUCCACAGCAAAAUUCACGAGACCAAGGUUGUCGAAGUAAAGUUUAUAUGCGAGUUUUGUCCGAAAAUAUUCACCAACAAAGUCAGUUUUAAUGUUCACGCGCAGACGCACGAGGAACCUAAAUACGCUUGCCGGGUUUGCGACAGAAAGUUUCACAGGAAUGACGUUUUAAAGCAUCACAUGCUGUCGCAUGUUGUCACAAACUUGGAGACUGUUUCCUGUGAUGUUUGCGAUAAAAAAUUAAAGUCAAAAAAGCAUUUAUUCUUCCACAAAAAAAUGCACCAAGAAGCUGCGUACAAGUGCCCAUACUGCCCGUGCAGCUUUAGAACCCAGUGGAACCUAGAGAAACACAACAAGCGAAAACACAAAGAAUUCGAAUUCAGCGAUGCAAUCGAUUUAUUCCAAUGCCCUGCCUGUAAUAAAAAGAUGAAGUUGAAGAGCUCCCUACAAAGGCACAUGAAAAGGAUACACGCGGAUAUUAAGGAUUACCAAGGCAUGGAUAUCAUGCCGAAUAAACACAAAUUUGCUGGUAAAAAGAAGGAGAAAAAAGUUGAAGUGACCGAAAGCGACUUGAACAUAAUGGAUCUUAAGGAAACAAUAGACAAUAUGAACUUCACAACUGAUAUUAGUAUGAGUGGCAAUGAUGAAAGCAAUAUAAAUAUUGAGUUUGAAGAUAUGCUUAAAAGUACCACAGACAACAUAGAUUUUCUUAAUGAAAGUAAUGAUAGGAUUGUGGAAAAUUUACUUAGCAUUCCAAUGCAGAGUGCACCUAUUGAAAAUAAAGCCAAACCUAACAGUGACAUCCUGCCAUCUAUGCCAGAUUUAGCAGGGACUGAACAAGAAAUAAAAUUAAGUAAUAACGCAUUUAUUUUGGAAAAUGGUACAAUUGUGGAGCCUCAACCUUCAGGCCAAAUAGUUUAUUAUCUUUUGGGAGAAAAAAUGCAAGUUUAAUUUUUUUGUAACCCAGUUUAUUUUGUUUUUACAAGCAAUAUUUGUUUGUACUAUUAUUAAAAAAAUAGAAUGUUUUCAAUAUUUUUUAUUUAAUUUCUUUAACACAAACCAAU